CAAAUGAAUCCCUUUAGUGUAUUAGAUAUAAGAAAGGAGAGACCUAAAAAGAUUAGGAUUCAGAAGAAACUUAACAAAGCUCUCAAAAAUCAUACAGUGAAAGAAAACAACAUUUUGAAAUUACGCAAGUUCAAAUCCAAUUUCAGACUUACUCCUGAUGUUUGUGAAGAUACAAGUCAGUUUAAAGAGUUUCCAAAUAAUAUUGCGAUAAUUAGAAGCUGAGAAAAAUAAAUUAAUGAAAGCCAAUCCUCUGAGGAUUCAUGAAGAUACAAAGUCUAGCAGUUUUAAUUUUACCCACUUGCCUCAAAAGAGACUUGCAUACCAACAUUUAGAGAAUAAGCCUCCAUUAGGUAACAGUCUAAAUCGGAAUAAGUCAAUUAUGAGUCAAAUUAAGCAAAGGAGGAGGUGGAAGCUGAAACAACUUGGGAUGCCACCAAUACAGGAGUCUCUUGGGUUAAAACAGAAACAGAAUAAUCAUACUAAAAUUGGGAGAAAUUUCCGUUACCAAAGUUCAAUCAAGAUAAAGAGUUCAAUCCAUCCAAAAUUCAUUGAUCUGAGGAGUAUUCCUCAGAUAAAGAGCAGUUGUGCAAAUUUCAAACCAAUUACCGCAUCGAGCGAUUGAGGUUUCAGUAUAAGUAAUUAUCAGUUCCACACAGUGAUGCCAAGUGAGUUCAAAACCAGGAGUCGCUCCAAGCAAGAUAGAAUCAAGGAGAAGUGACAAGAAAAUUUGAAGAAAGCAAUUGGCCGGUACAUGAGAAUGUAUUCUGAAAAAUCGCUUAAAUAA